AUGUCCAUCUUGUCAGCGGUGGCCAGAACGAUCACGUCACGAGGCCGACUACGCGUCGAGCAGAUCCAACUGAAUUCUGCCUCGUCUACCCGGCUCUUGACAUGCUCCUGCCCCCUAUGCGGUGCAGAGGCGCCGAGGCCCUCAGAAGAGGAGUCGCACUCCGGCUUGAUGGUGCGUGCCCCUGUCUUCGUUGAGCAUAGCAACGAGGUCUCCUCGACUACUGUCUCUGAAUCACCAGAGGCAUCUCAUCGAGCAUCGAAAGGGCCAGAAACCUCGGCCUGGGGUUCCCUGGCUGGAUUGGUCCCCAAACGCCGGCCUGUCCCGCUGGUCGUCAAGAGGGACCCUGCGCCAACGAGCGGGAACGCUAGCUCGACAUCGACGACAGCACCAGCACCAAAACCAAAGGAAGCCCCUGAAGGCGCAAACCGAUUAUCGCCGACAUCGGCGAAAUGGGGGACUUUUCACGCUCAACAGGUCCACGGCCCUGCUCCUGACCCGACCGCCAAGGCGCGGGCAAAGAACAGGCCGAGGCCCGGGACGGCGGCGCCGCGGUGGACGCCCAACUCGCUUCCGUCAGAGGCGAGGUCCGGGGAAUGGGGCGGCUUUCAUCGUCUGCAGGAUUUAGCGGCUUCCAAGCAAGAUGAGAGCGAGAAGUCUCUGGUUGUCCGCGCCGAAAGGGGUGACGAUUUGGCUGUGGACGACGGACAUGGACAGAGUCCUCCCGCCGAUGCCACCCCUCUUAUUGGGGAAAAGGCGAACUCGAGUUUGAAGUCUUCAUCGCCGAAGGGUGUCAGUGGAGCAGCAAAGGAGGCGGAAAGCGACAUUGAGAAGGCCGAUUGCCACCAAGCGCAUAUCCUGCAUUCGGAACCAUAUAAAGAAGAUGGUCAUCUGAAACACCUUUCAAAAGAUCAAUGUGUCUCAUCAACUCCACAAGAUCAACCGACCGCGGUACCUUCUCCAACCACCGAACGAGAAGAAGGAAAGCCUGGCUUGGCAACCAAUACUGAACCUCAGGAGAUUAUCCCUGACAGCGUACGACGGACGGUAAGUGGGAGCUGGGGAGCCUUUCUUGCAGAUUUCAAGAAUAAGCAUCAAAGGCCCGCUAGGGCAGCAAGCGAAGAAGUCGAAGCAGAUGCACCGGCCCCAUACCUCAGCGUCGCCGACGUUGCCGCCAUAUCGCCCACUAUAUCUACUUCUGGGCCCGACGUUACUUCCGAUACCAAUGUCCGCCCUGAAGCGGCACCGGAAAAUAGGGAGAAAGUUACGCCUCUGAUUGCAGACCCUUACGAACCCUAUUCCUCGCCAGCCAAACUCACUCCGGCUACCGAUGCCCGCCCUCGCCUCGGAUUCAUAACCCAGGUAGAAGCCAUCGCCCUCAUCGAUAGACUCUCAUGUGAGAGGGGGGUCCCGGCAAUGAAAGCAGCCGAACACAGCUCGAGUGAAGGAGAGCCAGAGGUUUCAUCAACCCAACUACAUCCAGACCGACACCAGCCAGUGGGUCGAUCGGACACGGUGACGGCAAUCAGAGCCGAAGCGUUAUCCCUAAUAAUGGAUCAAGAGCUUCCGGAGUCGUUGCACGCUGACAACGAUGAGCAUGGGCAAACUGGAAUCAACAAACCCAAAAACGAUUGUUCAAAGAAAGUUGGCGCAGAAGAACGUCGCACAAAAGAUUCGCCUCAAGAUGAUCUCGCAACCCUCGCGUCGCCAGCACCGUCACAUGCAACUACUACAGAUUGUAGCAGGCGGCAUACGGGCUUGGAAACAUUCCCUAUAACUAGCAAUGGCAGUCAGUCCACCGUUACGGAACAAGAGGCAGUAGCUGCGCCAUCCGAAGAUGCCGCUUUGGCAGAUAACUUAGCUUGGGAGAAGGAAUGGCUGCGUGAGCAUCGAAUUAUGGCUGCCCGGAAGAAACUCAGGACCUCCUUGCAGCACUUUGAUCUCAUCCUGGAACAAGAGUCUAGGACACUGUCAGUUGAGUGCCGUUAUGAGUUGGAUAUUAUCCGGGAUUGGCUUCUCUGGAUUAGACUGCUUGUCGGAAUUCUGGGUACUAGGAGGGGACCCGAACCCAAUUGGGGGAUUUGUGCCCUUUGUGAGCGGACGACUGAUAAAAUCACCAGACACCACCUCAUCCCGAAAGGUGAACGUGAUCAUGACCGUUUCACCGUUAAAGAGAUGAACAAGCUUAUACGCCUCUGCGAACCUUGCCACGGAAUUAUACACAGAGUCUUUUCGAAUGAAGAACUCGCUAUAGAGUUCAAUUCUCUGGAGCUGCUUACCGCACAUCCCCGGAUUCAAUCCUGGCUGAUGUUUGCGAAACAACAUUCCAUGGAGGAGCUCCACCGUUUUCUGGUACCCUUACAUCUGCGGCGCCAGCUGUAA